CUUGUGAUGCCACACAAAUGAUAUUUAACAUGUCAUUAUGUUGCUCCCAUCUCUCAGCAGGGAGGGGGUGUAUAGCAGCUGAGGGGAGGACUUUAAAGUUACAGAGAGUUUAAAUGAUUUUGCAACCUGUUGCUAAGCUCAGACUUUGGGAGGCACAGUCAGAGGCAACAAUCUAAAUCUUGUUCAGCUAAAUAGCAGUUACAUUGUGCUAAAAUUUGUAGCACUGUCAUGGCUGACCAAGAAGAAGGAGAGAGGUUGGUACAAGACAGAGAUAUAAACACUCCUGGUAAUCAAAAUGAAGACACCACUACUGUUGGGGACAGAAAAUCUGAGGAUCAGCUUCCAAUCCAACCUGAAGAAGAGAACGAGUGUCCAGGCUGCCAGGCACUGGGCGUCCUGACAUUGCCCUGUGGCCACAAACUGUGUCCCUCGUGUAUCGAGCUGAGUCAGGGAGAGCUGGGCCCGGCUGGCUGCACAAUCUGCUACAGAUCACAGCUGAUGGACUCGGUCCUCCAUACUAUGCUUGAAGCCCUGUUUCAUGAUCUGCCCAGGAGACACAGAGUCCUGCCUGGAGCUGCAGAGGAGAGUGUCAAGGGAGCAGAGGAUGGAUAUAACGUGAUGGUGAAGGAAGAGCGGUGUGAUCGGCAUGGAGAAGCGCUCACUUUGUUUUGUCUGCAAGAGGAGAAGCUGCUCUGCCAGCAGUGUCGGACAGAGGGUCAUGAAGAGCACCAGUGCUGCUCUAUUGAGGAGGCUGUUCACAACUGUAAGAGAGAGUUGCGAUCUGCUAUCAGAAGCCUCCAGGUGCAGCUGGACAGUUUAACAUCAAUCAGACAAACCUGGAAGGAUACUGCCACUCAUAUCGAGAGUCAAUCAGUACAAACAGCCCAGAUUUUGAGGGAUGAGUUUGAGAAGAUGCACCAGUACCUCCAUGAUGAGGAGGCUACUCUGAUGUCACAGCUGAACCAAGAAGAAGAGGAAAAGAGUCACAGGAUUAAAGAAAAGAUUGACAGGAUCAACGAUGACAUACAAGUGUUGACCAGCAGAAUGCGAGAGACAGAAGACUCCAUGGGCUUGGAUAACAUCCUCUUUCUUAAGAAUUAUAAGAAGAGCUCUGAAAGGGCUCGGUGCAGUGUAGAGGAGCCAGAGGAAGAAUCAGAAGCUCUGCUUGAUGUGGCAAAGCACCAGGGCUGUGUGCAGCACCGUGUCUGGGACAAGAUGCUUAAGAUCAUCCAGUACUUUCCAGUGACCAUGGACCCUAACACAGGCUCUGUGUGUUUAAGUGUGUCUCCUGACCUUUCCAGUGUGUUUGUGUGUGAGGAGCAGCCUCUUCCAGACAAUCCAGAGAGGUUUGUGGGCCCAAAGAGCAUCCUGGGUUCGGAAGUCUUCAGCUCAGGGAGGCACAACUGGGAGGUGGAGGUGGGAGAUAACAGGCACUGGGCUCUGGGCUUGGCCAGAGACACAGUCCAAAGAAAAGUCUGGUCCAACUCUGAUCUAAACCCCAGUCCUACCUUCGACUCAGACACAGACCCAGGUCGCGGCCUUUGGACAGUGUCCCUCUCCUCUGGGGAGUACUGGGCCUCCCCUGGCCCCAGCACCCCACUCAAGCUGAGAAGAAGGCCACGCAGAAUCAGAGUUCAGCUUGACUGGGAGAGAGGGUCUCUCACUUUCUCUGAUGCCAACGACAACAACCUGAUCUAUCGUUUUAAAAAGCAGUGGAAUGGAAAGCUGAAACCCUACUUUUCCAGUACAUGUUCUAACAAUCCACUGAAAAUCACAGCAGGGAGGAUGAAUGUUACCAUAGAAUAGUGUCAAAAGCCCUUUUCAGAAAUGUGCUGUGGAGGAUCUCCAGAGAAAUCAAUCUAAUUUUAUUUGUAUAGCCCAUAUUCACAAAUCACAAUUCGUCUCAUAGGGCUUUAACAGGGUGUGACAUUCUCUGUUAACAGGGUAAAAAAUACGUAGAAACCUCAGAGAGAGACACAUGUGAGGGAUCCCUCUCCCAGGACGGACAGAAGUGCAAUAGAUGCCACGUGCAGGAAAACAUCAUCAAGAUUAAAGCUUUUAGCAGCAUUGAUGAGGGUAAACCUUUUGAAGGAUAAUUUCAACACUAUAUGUCAAGCAGUCCUGCUGCAAUCAUAGUCCAUGGUCAGCAGCCAGCAAGAUCAUGAUCCACCUGAAGGAAAUAAAAACCUGGAUGACCCGCAAUUUUCUCUUAUUAAACUCAGACAAAACAGAGGUUAUAAUACUUGGCCCCAAACACCUUAGAGAUGCAUUAUCUAAUGAUAUAGCUGCGCUAGACGACAUUGCCCUUGCUUCCAAUGAAACAGUCAGGAACUUGGGAGUGAUCUUCGAUCCUGAUUUAUCCUUUAAUAGUCACUUAAAACAAAUUUCUAGGACCGCUUUUUUCCACUUGCGUAAUAUUUCAAAAAUUAGACCUGUCCUUUCACAAAAAGAUGCAGAAAAACUAGUCCACGCCUUUGUUACAUCGAGACUGGACUAUUGUAAUUCAUUAUUAUCAGGCUCCAGCAGGAAGUCGUUAAAGACUCUACAGCUUGUCCAAAAUGCCGCAGCACGUGUCCUGACGAGAACAAAGAGAAGAGAGCACAUUUCUCCGAUAUUAGCAUCGCUACACUGGCUUCCAGUUAAAUCUAGAAUAGAAUUUAAAAUUCUCCUCCUCACCUUCAAGGCCCUUAAUAAUAUAGCGCCUUUAUACCUUAAAGAGCUGUUAAUACCUUAUAAACCCUCUAGAGCACUCCGCUCUCAGAAUUCAAGCCUACUUGUCGUCCCUAAAUUCUCUAAAAGUAGAGUAGGAGCCAGAGCUUUUAGCCAUCAAGCCCCUCGGCUGUGGAAUAAUCUACCACUUUCAGUUCGGGAGGCAGUCACCAUCUGUUCGUUUAAAAGUAGGCUCAAAACCUUCCUUUUUGAUAAAGCUUAUAGUUAGAGCUAAUUAGUGCGCCAGAACGUUACUUGUUCUAUUUUGUGACACAUGACACACGGAGCUUCUCUUUCAAGCUUCUCCUUCCUCUUCUCCAUCCCUAUCCCCCUUCCCAGGAAUCCCUUUGCUUUAUCACCCGCAGAUCCAGGGUCUCUGUGGCCGCACCAUGGAUUACGGUUUGUGGAUCGCGCACCGGGGGUCGCGGUGUUGGAUCCAGUGUUGCGGAUUCUGAGUCAUGUGGGCUGAUCGUGGUGCUGGUGGCGGACCCUGUGUCGCGUUGGCAUUGGGCACGGGCGGUGGACCAGGACCGCGGUGGUGGCUUGUGAUGGGUCCUCCUGGUGGGCGGCGAUGGACGGUGACUGAGGACUGGAGUGGCGUCUGGUCUGGAUGGUGGAUCGUGGUCUAGAUGGUUGCUGAGCAUGGACUGUGCUUGCAGCUGGACUGCUUGGCAUGUCAUGUUGGGGUUGUCAUUCGGGAUGUCUACCCUCAUCAAUGCUGCUAGAGACUUUGAUUAUUGAUGAUGUUGUCCUUCACGUGGCAUCUAUUGCACUUCUGUCCGUCCUGGGAGAGGGAUCCCUCACAUGUGGCUCUCUCUGAGGUUUCUACAUAUUUUUACCCUGUUAAAAGGUUUUUUUGUAGUUUUUCCUUACUCUUGCUGAGGGUUAAGGACAGAGGAUGUCACACCCUGUUAAAGCCCUAUGAGAUGACUUGUAACUUGUGAAUAUGGGCUAUACAAAUAAAAUUUGAUUGAUUGA